UUAAAUUUGCGUCCACCGGCUGUAAACCUUAUUUAAUUCCUCGUUAAUUGAACAAAAAAUAGAUUUAGAAGAUAGAAAAUAAAAGGUAUAACCUAAAAUAUGAUUGUAAUCGUUACAGAAAACAAAUCGCUGAACAUGAAUUAAUAAAAAAAAAUCUAUGGAACACUCGCUGUAAAUUUCAAAGCACAACCUACAAUGAAUGUUGGUGCAUUUGGAGAGAGGGAAGUUACCCUCAUAGCGGACGAGUUGAGUCAUGCCGUCGAGCUGACUCUCAACCCCGCAGUGGCCCACGACGCCAGAAGCCAAGCCUACACAGCAUGUGAAAGUUUUAAGGAGAACUCACCAUGGUGUGCACAAGCGGGGCUGUUACUGGCCAGCGGGGCACAGUACUCCCCAGUGGUCAAGCACUUUGGUCUGCAGCUGAUGGAGCACACUGUUAAAUACAGAUGGACGCAAAUAACACAGGCGGAGAAGAUAUUUAUAAAGGAGAAUGCAAUGAAGCUGCUUUAUAUGGGUGGCUGGGAAACCGGUCACUUGAAUGAUGCUCUGGCCCGUGUGAUUGUUGAGAUGAUCAAGAGGGAGUGGCCACAGCAGUGGCCGACAUUGCUGGCGGAGCUGAGCGACGCCUGCAGCCGGGGACAUCUACAGACACAGAUUGUACUUCAUGUGUUCCUAAGACUUGUAGAGGAUGUUGCUACAUUACAGACGUUAGAACAAACACAAAGGCGCAAGGAUAUCUAUCAAGCCCUGACAAGCAACAUGUCAGAAAUAUUCGCGUUUUUUAUGCGCCUCAUAGAGCUUCACGUCCAGGAGUUUAGAGAGAAAACAGCAGCAGGAGACUACACUGCGGCAGCUAGUAAUGGCAGAGUGGUACAGGUAGUGCUGCUGACUCUCACCGGUUUCGUGGAGUGGGUCUCUACCAAUCAUGUGGUGAUGAACAAUGGGAGAUUGCUGCAGAUACUGUGUAUACUUCUUCAGGACGACGUGUUUCAACUGCCAGCAGCAGAAUGUUUAUUGCAAGUUGUGAAUAGAAAAGGCUCAACCAAGGAGAGAAAACCAUUGAUGAUUCUAUUCAGUGAAGACGCAAUCUCAUGUAUUCAUCGAGCAGCCUUAGAUAGUAUAAACGCCGUGGACGAGACACAUUACUUGUUCCUGAAAAAACUGUCUCAGGUUCUAGCUGGUCUGGCCCAGCAGCUCACAUCGUUGUGGUCGUUCGCGUCCAACGCGGAGGCGUGGAUGCCGGUGUUGCUGGAGACGAUGCUGCUACUGACGUCGCACCCGUCGCUGACCCUCGCCCACACCGCCAACUCCGUCUGGCUGGCCUUCCUCAAACACGACCAGAUUUCCAAGCUGCCGUUUGUGCUGGCGAUGGUGCCGCGAUGGCUUCAAGCCGCUGCCCCUAAAAUACUCAAGGUGAGCUACCCGUCGUCGCGCGUGAGCGGCGCAAACGACGCGGUGGCGUACGCGUGCAUGGACUACGACAGCGAGCAGGAGUUCGCCAUAUUCUUCAACCGCUCCAGAACUGAAAUAUUGGACAGCUUCAGAUACUGUAUGACGGCGGCGCCGCUAGUGACGUGGUCGCACUGCGAGCGGUGGACGCAGAGCGCGCUCGACAAGGUGGUCAGCGCCCCGCCCCCGCGCAUUGACUCCGCCCACCCGCUAUACCUCGAGUGGGAUGCUCUCGCCCAGGUUCUGGACGUGGUGCUGUCGCGGCUGCUGCAGGCGGAGCCCCGACCACCGGUGGGAGAGGGGCUGCGGCUGCUGGCCCGCUGCGUGGCGGUGGAGCCCCGGGCGCCGCUGCUGCUGUCCCUCCUGCUGUCCUUCAUCUCCGCGCUCUUCGUGUUCCUCAGCUGCGCGUGUAGCCAGCUCGCCGGUCCGGGCGUGGGCGCGGCGGGGGCGGAGCUGCUGCCGCGCGUGCUGGACAAGAUAUUCGCGGCGCUGGUGUACGAGGGCGCGCCGCCCGACGACCGCUCCUCGCGCGCCGUCAAGAACGUGCGCCGACACGCCGCCGGCCUUAUGGUCAAACUCGGCUCCAAGUACCCGCUGCUGCUGCUGCCGGUGUGGGGUCGGCUGCACGAGCUGUGCCGCGCCGCGCUCGCCCGGCCCGACCUCAGUGCCGUCGAGUCCGUCACACUGCAGGAGGCUCUACUGCUAGUGUCCAACCACUUCUGCUGCUACGAGCGUCAAAGCGCGCUAGUCGCUGAGGUACUCGGCGACUGCAGUGCGCGGUGGGCGGCGCUGAGCGUCCACCUGCAGACGGCGGCGGGCCUGGCGCGCCUGCUAGGCCUGGACGCCCCGCCCGCCGACGACGCAGAGCGGGCCGCCGCGCGCCGCACGCUGCUGCACGCGCUAACCCUCACGCUCGGCGUCGUCAAACGCACGCAGGUGCCUGCUGAUCCCGACAAGGCGUCUCGUGGCGGGUUCAGCGCGGGCGUGACGGCGUCGGGCAACCCGGUGUGGCGUAACCCGUGCGCGGCACACGUGCUGCCGCUGUUCCCGCACGCGCUGGCGCUCGGCCGCGCGCUGCACGCGCUGCACGCGCCCGCUGCCGCGUCGCUCCGCCACCCCGCCCACGCGCGUGCGCUGCUGCCCUCCGCCGCCGAGCGCCGCAAUCUGCUGGGGCUGCCGUGCUGGCCGGACGAUGCGCCGCCCGCCGCCACCCCCAUCGCCGACCGCAUGCAGAAUCUGCUGCACACGCUGCACGAUAACGUGUGUCAGCUGGUGGGCGCGGCGGCGGGGUCGCUGGGUCGCGAGCUGUACGCGUGCGCGGGUCUAGCGCGCGCACUCAGCGAGUCGCUCCUGGCGGCGCCGCAGCAGCUGCCGGACCACUGGCUGCGGCGCGUGCUGCGUGCUGCCCUGCGCCCGCUGCUGCUGCACUGCCCGCCCGCACACUACAACGACGUCGCCCUGCCGCUUCUGCAGCACACCGCGCCGCUCAUGUUGGAGCACCUGUCGUCGCGGUGGGAGUACGUGACCGGGCUGUACGAGAGCGGCAAGCUGGAGGAGGAGGGAGGCAGCGAGUCGCAGGAGGUGCUUGAGGACAUGCUCGUCAGACACCUCUCCAGGGAAUACUUGGACGUGUUGAAGGUGUGUCUGGUGGAUGGCGGCGCGGGCGCGGCGGCGGCGGUGGCGGACGCCGACACCAUGGAGGAGGAGCCGGCAGCGGCGGGCCGCGCCCCCGACCACGUGUCCGAGCUCGGCGCCGCCCUGCUGGCGGACGCGCGCGCCGGCCCCGCCCUGCUGCACACGAUUCUGCGUGCGUUGACGUGGAACGACUCGACGUCGUCGUUACGGGCGAGCGCGCUGGCGCUGCCCGCGCUGCGGUGCGCGCUGGCGGGCGGGCGCGUGGGCGCGGCGGAGGCGGACGGCGCGCUCGCCGCGGUGCUGUCGGCGCUGCGCCUGCACGGACAGCACGACGCCAACCAGGCCGCGCUGCUGGCGCUCGCCGUACAGACGUACGAGGCGCUGCGCGUGCAGUUUCCGGGCGUGGUGGCGGUGCUGCGCGCGAUACCGGAUGUGGACGCGCACGACCUGCGCCGCCUGGACGACAAGCUGGCCGCGCACCCCGCGCCCCGCAACAAGCUCGACAAGAGCAAGCGCGACCUGUUCAAGAAGAUCACCGCCAAGUUGAUCGGUCGCAACGUGGGCCAGCUGUUCAAGAAGGAGGUGUACAUACUGAACCUGCCGGCCAUGAGCGUGCCCCCCAAGCAGCGGCCCGACGACCUGCCGGACGCCGCCAACCUCACCGACCUCUUCAAGGCCCCCACGUAGCCCCCGCCCACACCCGCCCCCGGCCACGCCCCCGGCCCCGGCCCCGCCCCGCUCGCCCGCAAGCGCAUACGCGACGCCUAAGCCACAUGCGCGUGUCAGACAUAGCAUCCAUUUUGUAUUCGCCGGAAAAAAGAUCGUACUAAAAUCUGACAGCGUAAAGCCCGAUCCCACUUCUGAUGUCAGAAAUGGUCUAAGGUAAAAAAAGGUAAUUUUGCAAACCUCAUUUCUGACACGCAUAACAAAUUAUCCAUAUCGAUCACCACUCGCGUUUCGAUUAUCGAAUUAUGAACGUGAAUUAUUAUUUUACGACUGCCAAUAUUUAAGUGUGUUAAUGCUUAAUAUGAACGUUAAUUAUUGUGCGACGCGUUUUUGUAGUUGAAACAUUCAACGUUAAGCAUUAAAAAUUUUGCGGAUUUUUUUUUAUUUUGAGCGCACUAAAGUCGAUAAUUGAAAUGUAAGCUAGACUACAGAAAUUCGGCCGUGCAGUCCUAAUGAUAAUAGUGGCUCUCCCCUGUUAUAUUGUCGAAGAAAAAAAUGUAAAUAUUUUGGUACUGUAGAGACGGAGGGAACGAAACACGUACAAGAAUAAGAUUAGAAGAUUUAACGCGGAAUUAUAUUAAACUAUUCAGAUCAGGCCAGUAGUUUACGAAUAAAACAACGAAACGUUUGCCAUAAAAUUUGAACUAGCGAGCAUGUAAAAGAUUCAUAAAUCAGACAGAAGAGGCUAGAAUUUUUUGUCAAGAAAAUUUUUACCGAGAUGUUAAGAAGAUGACAAAACAUUGUACUUAAUAUCUUAUUUAGCGAGUAACUUUUAUUAGUAAGGAAAUUAAUGUGUGUUAAUUUUUUACCGUCAGCUUAUUAUUAUGAUACAAAUUCGGUCAGCAAGCCGGGACCAAUACGGACUAGCGGACACAAUAGGACUUGUACUACUUUAAGUUCACUUUACAAAAAUUAAGAGUUCGAUCUUUAGGAUCUUUUAAUGGGGUGUGAGCGGGACGGGGGCCGAAGGUGAUAGUUUAUAGACUAACUGUAAAAUGACACGUUUUUGCUAUUGAUGACAAUUGAAGACAUGAGUGGAAGAAGCACAGCAACAGUUUAAAAAAUGUG